AAAAGUGACUAGGAAACGCUUUACUUUUGGCCCACUAGCAGCAUCCUCUGCUUCACCACAGGUUACAUUCUUCGUUAUCCUCCUCUGAAUCCAAUUCGCCAGACAUUCCCAUCCCUUCUUUACCUAGAAAAGUUCUCCUUCCCUUCAUCGUAUCCUACUGGCUUCCAUGCUGAGCUUGGUCUAGGAAGGAGGCAAUGGCGGGUCCGGAGUCUCAUGAGUCACUGGAGUACACGCCUACGUGGGUGGUCGCCGCCGUCUGCACCAUUAUCGUCGUCAUCUCUCUGCUCGUCGAACGCUUCCUACAUUACCUUGGAAAGUUUUUGAAGCAUAAUCAACAGGAUGCACUUUAUAAGGCUUUGCAGAAGCUAAAAGAAGAGUUGAUGCUUCUUGGCUUUAUAUCCCUCCUGUUAACAGUCUUUCAACGAACCAUCAGCCGCAUUUGUGUCUCAAAAAGGCUUUUUCACCAUAUGCUUCCAUGCAAGGAGAAUAGCUUUCCCCCCAACCAGGAGGUCCAUCGUGCAAAGGGCUUAAAACUUCAACUAACAUGGAAUAACCGGAAGCUUUUAUCUGAGGAUGAAGGCUCUGAUAUUUGCAUGAGACAGGGAAAAGUUCCACUUUUGUCGCUGGAAGCAUUACAUCAACUGCACAUUUUUAUAUUUGUGCUAGCAGUUGUCCAUGUUGUGUUCUGUGCAACUACCAUGGUUCUAGGAGGAGCAAAGAUUAGAAAAUGGAAGCUCUGGGAAAAUGAUAUCAGGAAAGGGCAGCCAAAGAAAGAGACAUUAUCUGCAGAGGAACUCUCUACACAUGUUCAGCAACAUAAUGAGUUCGUGAUGGAGCAUACAGAGGGGCUUCAGCAAAGAUCAGUUGUCUUAAGCUGGAUAAUGUCAUUCCUGAAACAGUUUUAUGCUUCUGUUACCAAAUCAGAUUACAUAGCAUUGCGAUCAGGGUUUAUAAUGAAACACUGCAGUUCGAACCCAGACUUUGAUUUUCACAAAUAUAUGUUACGAACUCUUGAGGAUGAUUUCAAGAUUGUUGUUGGUAUAAGAUGGUACUUGUGGCUUUUUGUAGUCUUAUUCCUCUUGCUGAAUGUGAAUGGAUGGCACACAUUUUUUUGGCUGUCUUUCUUGCCUCUUGUUCUUCUGCUAGCUGUCGGUACAAAGUUGGAGCAUAUUAUAACAUGUCUGGCUCAAGAAGCUGCUGAGAAGCCCACAGAUGGUCAAGUACCAAAAGUGAAGCCAUCUGAUCAUCAUUUCUGGUUUAAUCAGCCAGGAAUCCUCCUUUACUUGAUACAUUUCAUCUUAUUUCAGAAUGCUUUUGAGCUUGCCUAUUUCUUCUGGAUAAUUAGCACCUAUGGAUUUUAUUCCUGCAUCAUGGAAAAAGUUGGUUAUAUCAUCCCCAGGCUUCUUGUUGGUGUUAUUAUCCAAGUUCUCUGCAGCUACAGCACUCUCCCAUUGUACACCAUUGUCACUCAGAUGGGUGACAUGUUCAAGCAAGCUAUCUUCGAUGAGCUAUUACGAUCAACUUUGCAUGGUUGGGCUGAGACUAUUAGAAAGAGAAAGGAACCAAAAACUUUUGGUGUUUCAUCCUUUAUGAAGGUGAUCAAUUCCAAAAGCAAAACGUCUGUGUCUGGCAGCAGAAUUCAGAUGCAGAAUACAAUUUUGGAAGCCGAUGGAAGUUCUGGGGUUGCUGAAAGACCAGUUGCCUUGGAAUGAAUUGCCUUGGAAUCAAAAGAACCAGCUGUCUACUAUACCAAUUUGCCUUGGACUUCUGGAGUUAGCAGUCACAAUCCUGGAUUGAUUCAAGCAUUUGUGUCUACGAAGUGUUUUCCAAGUUUUGUACAGUAUGGUGUCUUUAUAUUGUAUUUAACAUGACCGUCGAUAAUGCUACACAAUGGUUGAUAACUUG